AUGUGCGAGCAGGCGGCGCGGUACUGCCGGGCCGGCGUGCACAGGCUGCUGCGGAAGCCAGCGCCGGCGCUGCGCGGGCUGGACGGGCUGCUGCGCUGGGUCGGGGCCAGGAUGAGCGACAAGGGCGUCGCCGACAGGGAGCUGCUCACCUCGGGAGCCUCCGCGCAGAGGAAGGGCACCUCCGUCAUCCUCGAUAUUUUUAGAAGAGCUGACAAAAAUGAUGAUGGGAAGCUGUCCCUGGAGGAGUUCCAGGCCUUUUUUUCCGAUGGGACGCUCAAUGAGGAGGAACUCGAGAAGCUGUUCCACACCAUCGACUCAGACAACACGAACAAUGUGGACACGAAGGAACUGUGUGACUAUUUUGCCGAUCACAUGGGAGACUACGAAGACGUCCUGGCUUCACUGGAGACUCUGAACCUCUCCAUCCUGAAGGCAAUGGACUACACCAAGCGCGUGUAUGAAAGCGGAAGCAAUGUGGACCAGUUUGUCACCCGCUUCCUGCUGAAGGAGACAGCCAACCAGACCCAGUCACUGCUGAGCUCGGUGGAGAGUGCUGUGGACGCCAUUGAUGAGCAGACCAACCCCUCCAGGCAGUGCCCUGGCCCAGCCGGCCUGGCGCUGACGGAGGCCUGGCAUGGCAGUCCUGUGCCCAGCUACGCAGCCCCCGGCCGCAUCGUUCCCCAGGGCCACGGGAAGAGCAGCCAGAGCGGUGCUCCCGAGCCCAGGCAGGACGGGCUGGAGGGGCAGAUCGGCAGGCUGGCCGCACUCAUUGGCAGGCUGGAGGACAAGACUCUCUGGUUUGACCUGCACCAGCGGCUUUCGGACAGCGAGAGCACAGCUUGCACGUACCUGCUCCUGGUGCGGGAUGAGAUGACGGUGUCACACAAGCACUUGGACGAGUUCUGCAGCUCCCUGAAGCAGUACCUGAAGAGCGUGGCUGGGGAGCGGGACUGCUUCCAUGUCACUGCAGUCAAGCUGCCCGACGGAGUCACCUUCAUCGUCUAUGAGUUUUGGGAGACCGAGGAGGACUGGAAGAGGCACCUGCAGAGUGCCACCUGCAAGGGCUUCCAGCAUGUCAAGGUGGAUGCGCUGAGCCAGCCUGAGACCAUCUCCACUGUGGCUGUGCCAGGUAGGACCCGGGGUGGGGGCACAAGCAACCUCUCGGCAGUGGGAGCACAGUGAGUGGUGGAGCUGAAGGGAUGUGUGCUGGGGUGACACUGGGUGACUCCAAGUGAUUUCCCCUGCAGCUGCCUGGUGCACCCUGAGCCAAGACUGACUGUGCAGGGACCUGGCUGCGCCCCCCACCCCCUGCCAGGCACUGUCCCCCGCAUUGUGUUGGCCAGAGGGCAGUGUGAUUGUCACCUGUCUGCAGCAGAGGAACUCCCCUUGUCCCCCAUCAGCAGCACCUCACCCUGAGCUGCCCCACUCCUGGGACAUCUCUCCCUACAUGGGGUUGGCUCUUUGUGGCCUGGGACGGGGUGGUGAUGAGGUGGAUAUGGUGGGAGCAGACCCCUCAGUAUGCAGGAGGUGUGUACUGGGGUCUCUGAUGGGUAGAUCCAGCAUAAGGGAGGGAAGAGGGAUGGAGAUCUGCAGGGCGCUUGGGGCCCCAGUGGGGUGGAGGUAGGUGCCUCGCAGGCCUGAGGGUGGCUGAUCCCCCAGUCCCAGGGUCUGUAAGUCUGUGUGUGCCUGUCUGUCUGUCUGUGCACACUCUGCCCCAUCCUGCCCAGCCCCAUGGGGGAAUGACAGGGCCUCACAAGGUGUCCUCCCCUCUAUCCAAGUGUUUAUUAACGAUAGAACAACGGAAUUGAUAAUAUUGAAUAAACCAUGAUGGGAGCCA